AUAAUAUCAUCUCAAUUCCAAUUUUGUACUCAAGAUUUAUUCCAAAAUUACGAGUAUCAGAAAAUAUGAUUACCGGUAUUGAAGAACAAACUCAGCACAUCCAAAUAAGCCAACUCAAGAAGUUUCAGAAGGAAUGGACCAUUCAUGUUAUCAUACUUCGAAGUGCAGAUGCAACUUACAAAAAUGCAAAAGGAUCAGGGAAAAUACUAAAGCUAAUUCUUACAGACGCAAAGGGUAACAAAAUACAAGCAGUAAUGUACGGAGACACCAUCGAAAAGUUUAUAGAUAUGCUUCAAAAAAAUCAAAUUAUUUUCAUUUCAAAUGGAGAAGUGAAAGGAAUAAACUCAGCUUUUCCAAGUAUCCACAAGUCAAUUGAAUUAGUACUAACAAAAGACGCAUCGAUCAAAGAAGCACCAACAGGAUUCCACUUGGAGAACAUAUUUAACAACUUUGUCCCAUUUGAAGAAGCAUUUUCCAUGAAAGAUGCAACAAAAAUUAAUAUUCUUGCAAUAACAACUAAUGUUAAGUCGCCGAUCAACUAUAUUACAAGACACAACAAACCAGACACUAGGAGGGAAAUCACGCUUAUGGAUAUAAGUGGAAUGCUAAUGCGUGCAACUUUAUUUGGAGAUUUAGCUACAAAUGAAGGAUCAAUUCUUGAAGCAGAAAUCAAAUAUAAGCCUGUAAUAGCAUUAUCAGAUUUUAAAAUCUCUAUAUAUCAAGGGGAUACAAGCAUAUCGUCGCAAAUUAUUUCAACAUUUUGCAUUAACCCAAAAAUAGAACUAGCUAGCGAAUUAAGGGAAUGGUAAGUAGAACAAGCAUACUUUCAUAUAACCCAAUAAUGGAAUAUUAUUAUUUUUUAAUAUAAUAUGCAGGUUUCAAUUGGAAGAAGCUGCAAAAGCAAAAGGAUCUCCAUCGACGCUUUUUAAAAAUGCCAAGGAGAUUCA